CCCUGGAAAAGGUCCCAGCGGUUCACUUUACAAUUUCGCUUCUUGCAAAUGGAAAGUUUAUUGUUCUCGUGAUACGUUCGAGCUGGGGAGGCACGAGGCACGCACACACAUCGAUGUUUAAUAACCGAGUUGUCAACAGGCUGGUAGGCUGUGAGAGGCGCGUCUCUGACCGUCCGAUGGGAUGUCUUUGAUUUAGUUUUUCUAUUAUUUAAUUAAACUCGCGACUCGAGUUGAAUUAAUUACCAAGGAGAGCCAGGGCUUUUGCAAUGAUUAUACAUAGGCCUACUUAAGAAAGCAUUACAAAACAACGCUCUCAUCUCCGGUUGAGGGUUCAACUGACGUGAAUGGCGAAUUUCAAUAGACACACAGUUGUUGUGCGUAGCGGGGUUGGAUCAGGCUGCACCGUGCUGGGGCUUCAGCCACCGGGGGGACAUUUGGACCGGUCACGGAGACCUGCGAGGGGCCAGCAGCACCGUCUCCCCACUGAUGAUUGAUUAGUAAAGCCUCCAAAAGGAUCUUCACCUUACCCCAUCCUCCAUAUCGAUCAGGGUUCCGAGAGCGUCUCACCUCCUCUCACCUGGCGCGGCCGAUCAACCGGUGAGAGAGGAAAACCCUCCUCUGGAGCUAUUCCCUCCCGUCCACUUGGAUUUAUCACCGUUUUCCUAGUUUUUUCUCUCCCAAGAAAGAAAACAAGAGUAAAAGACCGUCGACAGAUAAAAUACGACACACGUGGAUUCCUUCGCCUAGGCUCGCGCGCACACCACCAGCCCGGGAGUUGCCAGGGCUACCGUCAGACGGACACCGCGAGCGCUUUGAUUCGGCGGCGUGUUUGAAGCGCACAGGUGUUCAAUUAUCAUUCGGUUUCCGUGGCCGCGUGACACGCUAUUAUCCUAGUUCGGUGAGAUAUGUUAUGGCUGCUCUCCGCUCGCUCCCGACCCGCACACCUCGGCUGCUCUGACGCGGCAGGUCUCCCUUCUCUGGAUAUGUUCGGGUUCGAGGAGAAGAAGCCGCUCAGGAGCCAGACUUUAAAGGAAACAUACGAGGCGUCGGAGUAGAGGAAGGUUUCCCACAGGUCUCGCUUGGAUAACUAGCUGCUCUUCUUCUGGCAAAUCAUUCAGACCCACUGUUGUUUGAUGACAGAAAAGACCGCCCCGUUGCCAUGACGAUUGAGGAGGAGGAGGGCCUGACACCGGCCUCCGCUAUCGUCGGGGUAACGCCGACCCCUGUCGUCUUCACGACGACCACGGCAUGGGAAGAUGGCGGCGGUGGCGGCGGCGGCCGAGCCUUCGCUUUCUCCUCUCCACGACAGCACUCCCCCACUCCCCGCCUCUCUCCGAGGGAGCAGGAGGAGGAAGAGGAGGAAGGGAUGAUGGAGGUGGACUGGAUCGAAGAGGACAUAGUGGAGGAGGAGGAGGAGGAGGAGAUGGGCCGGUGUGACAGUGAAGUAGGGUGUGACCACCACGAUGAUGAUGAUGAUGAUGAUGAUGAUGAUGACGAAGGAAGCAGUGAUGCCAGUGUGCUGGUGGUCCCCCACCCUGAGAUGGUUCCCGUGGUCUUCUUCUGCCUCAAGCAGACCACCUUCCCCCGCAGCUGCUGCAUCAGCCUCGUCUCCAGCCCGUGGUUCGAGCGUGUCACUAUGAUGGUGAUCCUGCUGAACUGCGUGACGUUGGGGAUGUACCAGCCCUGCGAGAACAUCGACUGCAACUCGCAACGCUGCAAGAUUCUGCAGGCCUUCGAUGCGUUCAUCUACAUCUUCUUUGCGCUGGAGAUGGUGGUGAAGAUGCUGGCACUGGGGAUUCUGGGUCGUCGCUGUUACCUGGGUGACACAUGGAACCGCUUGGACUUCUUCAUCGUCAUGGCCGGUAUCGUGGAGUACUCCCUGGACCUGCAGAACGUUAACUUCUCCGCCAUCAGGACAGUGCGGGUACUGCGGCCGCUCAAAGCCAUCAACAGAGUGCCAAGCAUGCGUAUCCUGGUCAACCUGUUGCUGGACACGCUGCCCAUGCUAGGCAACGUGCUGCUCCUCUGCUUCUUCGUCUUCUUCAUCUUCGGCAUCAUCGGGGUGCAGCUGUGGGCGGGGCUCCUGAGGAACCGCUGCUACCCCGCCGAGAACUUCACCCUCAACAUGGGCGUGCGUCUCCCCCGGCCCUACUACAUGGCGGACGAGGACGACGAGCGGCCCUUCAUCUGCUCGCUGCCCGUGGACAACGGCAUCAUGGCGUGCACCGACGUGCCGGCGCGGCGCGAGGGCGGCCGCACCUGCUGCCUGGACAAAGAGGACGCGCUGUACCGCCGCUCGCUGGGCCUCAGCCCCGACCCCCCGCCCGUCAUCGCCAACGGUAGCCACGGCAACCCAGGGCUGUGCGUCAACUGGAACCAGUACUACACCCGCUGCCAGACCGGACACAGCAACCCGCACAAGGGCGCCAUCAACUUUGACAACAUCGCCUACGCCUGGAUCGUCAUCUUCCAGGUCAUUACCCUGGAGGGCUGGGUGGAGAUCAUGUACUAUGUGAUGGAUGCUCACUCCUUCUACAACUUUAUCUACUUCAUCCUGCUCAUCAUCAUCGGCUCCUUCUUCAUGAUCAACCUGUGCCUGGUGGUCAUCGCCACCCAGUUCUCGGAGACCAAGCAGCGGGAGCACCAGCUCAUGCAGGAGCAGCGCGCCCAGUGCCUGUCCUCCUCCACCCUGGCCAGCCAGCCGGGGGACUGCUACGAGGAGCUCUUCCAGCUCGUCUGCCACGUGCUGCGCAAGGCGCGCCGUCGCACCGUCACCCUCUUCAACGCCAUGCGGGGGAAGCCCAGAGGCUUCCGGGGGCCGGGCAGGGGGGGAGGCGGGGGCGGAGGGGGAGGAGGAGGAGGGGGAGGAGGGGGAGGGAGGGGAGGCGGAGGGAGGGAGAGGAGGGGGAACCGAGGAGGAGCGGACAGCCGGGAGAUGAGGAGGCCUGUGCGACCCGCCUCCUAUUGCCCAGACUACAACAAACCCGACCAUGUGACCCCAGCCGAGCCAAUGGCACUUGACGUGGCCGUGCCCGUGUCGCUCGGCGCCGCUGGAGCUGCGGGGCCCGGCGACGGCGGACCGGCCAAUGAGGCGGCGGGGGAGGCGGAGAUAGAGGAGACGGACGGGGAGGGGGACCGAUGCUGCGGCCAGAGAAAGGGGGAGAAAGGCGGGGGGUGCCACCCCCGGCGGCGGUGCCAGGGGCUGUGGUACGAGGUCCGGGUGAAGCUCUGGAGCAUCGUGGAGAGCAAGUACUUCAACAGAGGCAUCAUGAUCGCCAUCCUCAUCAACACCAUCAGCAUGGGCAUCGAACACCACCAACAGCCAGAGGAGCUGACCAACGUCUUGGAGAUCUGCAACAUCGUCUUCACCAGUAUGUUUUCGCUGGAGAUGAUCCUGAAGAUCACGGCAUUUGGCUCCUUCAACUACCUCAGGAACCCCUACAAUGUGUUUGACAGCAUCAUCGUCAUCAUCAGCGUGUGUGAGAUCGUGGGCCAGUCGGACGGGGGUCUCUCCGUGCUGCGGACCUUCCGCCUGCUGAGGGUCCUGAAGCUGGUGCGCUUCAUGCCGGCUCUCCGCAGGCAGCUGGUGGUCCUGAUGAAGACCAUGGACAACGUGGCCACCUUCUGCAUGCUCCUCAUGCUCUUCAUCUUCAUCUUCAGUAUUCUAGGGAUGCAUAUUUUUGGCUGUAAGUUCAGCCUGAGGACGGAGACGGGGGACACAGUGCCGGACAGGAAAAACUUUGACUCUUUGCUCUGGGCCAUCGUCACCGUGUUCCAGAUCCUCACCCAGGAAGACUGGAACGUGGUGCUGUAUAACGGCAUGGCCGCCACCUCCCCGCUGGCCGCGCUGUACUUCGUCGCUCUGAUGACCUUCGGGAACUACGUCCUCUUCAACCUGCUGGUGGCCAUCCUGGUGGAAGGUUUCCAGGCAGAGGGUGAUGCUAACCGUUCCUACUCUGACGACGACCGCUCUUCGUUCGACGAGAGCGAGAAGCACAACGACUCCCUGAAGCUCUCAGACCCCAAGAUAUGCACCCUGACACCCAACGGGCACCUGGAGCUGGGGGGCUCCCUGGCCCACGCCUCGGACCCCCGCAGCCUGGUGCUGGACUCACGCAAGAGCAGCGACAUCAGCCUGGGAAGAGCCAGUCUGGACCGGAGGUCCCUCUCCCUGCGACACGGCCGCAGUUCCAUGUACCACAAUUGGGGGCGCCCUCUCCCUCCACAGUCGGCCUGGAGCCGCAGGUCCAGUUGGAACAGCCUGAGCCGGAGGAGCUGCACGGUGGGCGGAGCUCCCCUGGUGGGCGGGAGCCUGCGUGUCCGCAGCACCCGUUCCCCCUACUCCUCCUCCCCCCACUCCGCCGAGCACCAAUCCCUGCUCUUCCACUCCCGGCCCGCCAUCCACCCCCCUCUGCCGCCGCCGCCGCCGCCGCCCCCGCUGUCCAGGCGCUACAGCGGGGGGGCCCGCCACGACCGCCGCGCCCUCUCCCUGGAGCUCCCCGAGCUGCCGCCCGCCCCCGCUUCAUCCACCCUCCCCCCAGCGCUGCCCCCGCCCUUACCUCCAGCGCCACCGCCGCCCGCACCACCACCACCACCUCCUCCUCCUCAACAAGAACCCCUGAGGAGGAGCUUGGGGUCGGGCACGGCGGGCUCCGGCAGCGUGGGCGUGGGGCCGGAGCACCAGGACUGCAACGGCAAGACGGCCCACCCCCACCACCACGCCCUCAUCCUGGCCGAGGUGUUCCCCCAGCUCAAGGCCCGCAAGGACCGCGCCGACACAGACGAGGAGAUCGACUACGGCCUGUGUUUCCGGAUCCACAAGAUGAUGGAGGUGUACAAGCCAGACUGGUGUGAGAGCCGACAGGACUGGUCUGUGUACCUGUUCUCCCCUCAAAACAAGUUCCGUCAACUGUGCCGUUCCAUCAUCGUUCACAAGCUGUUUGACUAUGUGGUUCUGGCCUUCAUUUUCCUCAACUGCAUCACCGUGGCUCUGGAGAGGCCUAAAAUCAUGCAGGGCAGCCUGGAGCGUCUCUUCCUAACCGUCUCAAACUACGUAUUCACUGCCAUCUUCGUCACGGAGAUGACUGUCAAGGUGGUGUCUAUGGGGCUCUACCUGGGCGAGCGGGCCUACCUGCGUAGCAGCUGGAACGUCCUGGACGGUUUUCUGGUGUUUGUGUCUCUCAUCGACAUCGUGGUGUCCAUGGCAGGAGGGGCCAAGAUCCUGGGGGUCCUCAGGGUCCUACGCCUGCUACGGACUCUAAGACCCCUCCGGGUGAUCAGCAGGGCUCCAGGUCUGAAGCUGGUGGUGGAGACCCUCAUCACGUCUCUGAAGCCCAUCGGAAACAUUGUCCUCAUUUGCUGCGCCUUCUUCAUCAUCUUCGGCAUCCUGGGAGUACAGCUCUUCAAGGGGAAGUUCUACUACUGCCUGGGCCUUGAUGUGAGGAACAUCACUAAUAAAUCAGACUGCCAGUUGGCCAACUACCGCUGGGUUCACCACAAGUACAACUUUGAUAACCUGGGGCAGGCUCUGAUGUCCCUGUUUGUUCUGGCAUCAAAAGACGGAUGGGUCAACAUCAUGUACCACGGCCUGGACGCAGUGGGCAUUGACCAGCAGCCGGCGAUCAACAACAACCCGUGGAUGCUGCUGUACUUCAUCUCCUUCCUGCUCAUCGUCAGCUUCUUCGUGCUCAACAUGUUUGUGGGCGUGGUGGUGGAGAACUUCCACAAGUGCCGGCAGCACCAGGAGGUGGAGGAGGCCCGGCGGCGCGAGGAGAAACGCCAGCGGCGCAUGGAGAAGAAGAGGAGGAAGGCCCAGAAGACCCCCUACUUCGCGUCGUACGGCCCCACCCGCCUGACCGUCCACACGCUGUGCACCAGCCACUACCUGGACCUGACUAUCACCUUCAUCAUCUGCAUCAACGUCAUCACCAUGUCCCUGGAGCACUACAGCCAGCCCAAGUCCCUGGAGACAGGACUGAAGUACUGCAACUACUUUUUCACCUCCACCUUCGUCAUCGAAUCCACGCUGAAGCUGGUGGCCUUUGGCUUCCGACGCUUCUUCAAGGACAGGUGGAACCAGCUCGACCUGGCCAUAGUGCUGCUGUCUGUGAUGGGCAUCAUCCUGGAGGAGAUUGAGAUCAAUGCCUCGCUACCCAUCAACCCCACCAUCAUCAGGAUCAUGAGGGUGCUCCGGAUAGCACGCGUGUUGAAGCUGCUCAAGAUGGCGACGGGGAUGAGGGCCCUGCUCGACACGGUGGUUCAGGCUCUACCUCAGGUUGGUAACCUGGGCCUGCUCUUCAUGUUGCUGUUCUUCAUCUACGCUGCGCUGGGCGUGGAGCUGUUUGGGGAGCUAGUUUGUAACGCUGACUACCCAUGUGAGGGGAUGAGUCGCCACGCCACCUUCGAGAACUUCGGCAUGGCCUUCCUCACGCUGUUCCAGGUCUCUACCGGGGACAACUGGAACGGCAUCAUGAAGGACACCCUGAGGGACUGCCCCCCCGGCCAGUCGAGCAGCGACUACGGCUGCCACGCGGGCCUGCAGUUCAUCUCGCCGCUGUACUUCGUGUCCUUCGUGCUCACCGCCCAGUUCGUGCUCAUCAACGUGGUGGUGGCCGUGCUCAUGAAGCACCUGGACGACUCCAACAAGGAGGCGCAGGAGGACGCCGAGAUGGACGCCGAGAUCGAGCUGGAGCUGGCGCAGGGGGGCCUCUGCUGCAUGACCGGGGGGCUGGGAGCCGUCGCCGGGGCAACCGGGGCCUCCGUCGGCGGAGGAGGAAGCGGCGGCGGCGGCGGCGGCGGCGGCGGCGGCGGAGGCGGAGGAGGAGGACCCGGAGCUGGGAUGAUGAUGAUGAUGGGCCAGGGUGGGCCCCCGCCGGGUGGGGCUGGCGGGGGGCCGGUGGCGUUGAGAGGAGGAGGAGGCGGAGCAGGAGGAGGAGGAGGAGGAGGAGGAGGUGGCGGGGGAGGAAGCACACAGUACGAAGCACAGAGGCACCGCAGAUGCAGGCUGUACUCCCCGGCGCAGGAGAGCCAGUGGUUGGACAGUGUGUCUCUGCUGAUUAAAGACUCCCUCGAGGGCGAGCUGAUAGACAACCUGUCUGGCUCCGUCUUCCACCAUUACUGCCCCCUGCCAACCUGCAGAGACUGCAGAGCGCACUCCCAGGAGAUCCGAUUGGCCGAAGUGGAGCAGGCGUCUCUGAUGUCAGAGCAGAUGUCAGACAAGUCUUCCCUGGCGCUGCCUGAUGACCUCAGCCUGGACGAACACAGCAUGUACCAACUGCUGCUCCCAGAUCCGCCGCCCCAGAGGGGCGGUAGCUCCUGUCCCAGCCCAGAGGAGCAGCGCGAGGUGGGGUCCCGGGGAGGCUCUGACCCCGUCAGCCCGGACAGCAGUGGGGGGGAGGAGGGUCUCCGGUGGUGGCUGGAGGAAGGGCUCCUGCCCCGCUCCGCCCCAACCUCGCUGGGACGCUCAGGUGCAGCACGGCACGCCAACGCUGGCCUCACAGAAACUCAAGCGGGCGACCUGGGAGCAGGCGGUGCCAGAGGAGUCAGGGAGAAGGAGGAGGAGGAGGAGGAGGAGGGCUCAGCCUUGCCCUCCUUCCCCCUCCCGGCGGACUUCUUCCACCCGGCCCAUGUGGCCCCGCACGGCAGCCCGCCACCAGACGCCGACCCGAGCAGGAUAGACCCGUCAAGGCUGGCCUCCCCCGCCUCGUGGGCCUCCCUCCGCUCCCCGGCCGUCCACAGCAGGGACCUCUGUUCCCAGCACCCCUCCCACAGCGGCUCCUCCCUGGCUACAGCCAGCUCCGACGGCAGCCUGCAGACCACCCUGGAGGAGGGGCUGAGCUUCAGCGUCACCCUGACAGGACACCAGGGCCUCCAGCAGCCCCUACUCUGCCCUUUGCCCCCCAGCCAGCCCCUCUCCUACACCAGUACACCCCCACCGCACACCGCCCAGGCCCAUGGCUCGACCACACUGCGGGGUCGCAGCACUGCGCUGACCCUCCAGGCCACCAGGGGGCACCAGAGGAGCCAGAGCAGCUGUGGGGGCAGCAUCAGUCCAGGGGGCCUCCGCCAGGACUCCAUGGAUCCCUCGGACGAGGAGGCGGGCACGGGGUCUGGGCGUGGCGGUGCCGGCAGCCAGGCGUUCAACAGCGAGCACCUCUCAGAUGUGCUGAGCAGCCUUUCGCUGACGUCGCUGCUCUCUCCGGUCUCUCUGAAGCCCCCUGUGGUGAAGAAGUGUAACAGCACCGGCUCCCUCAAUCAGGCCAACCUGUCCACACGGAGCCAAGAUGGCCGCCAGUGUUGCGGCAUCGAUGCCCAUGGCUACUUGUCCAACCCCUGGGAACAGUACCGGGGAGAGCAAGAUGGCGGAUUUAGCAUGGUGAACAGAGGCAGCGACAGCCAAAUAGCGAACACAAGCCCCAGAAAAAACAGAUGAAAUACCUCUCCCCCUCUCUUUUCCUCUUCUUCCAACUCACUACUUUCUCCCUCCAUUUGCUAUUCUGGGAUGGCGGAUGGCUGGGCGAGAGACUAUUAACUUGCUGUCCGUUAGGUCCUGCCACUGCUGACAAACUUCCUAUUCCUGUUGCUCAUCACGAAUGGCGAGAUGUCCGUGUGCUCUCUCGCUGACACCUCGCGUGGUUGCGCAAGGUCGGUUGGCUGCCGUGGUUUGAAUGUCUCGUCUUUACCGCAGAAGACGGGAUUAGCGGAGCGUUAGCGGAGCGUUAGCGUAGUGAAGACCCUAGCUCGAAGGAUUGAUUGCUGGAGACACUGGAAGAGAAUUUAGCAGCACCGGUGUGGUGUGGGAGCUUAGCUAGCUAGCUAGAUACAAAAUGAAUGGUUCUCUUUGAAACAGGGCUAGCAUGACGCACCACUCAGUCUCACCCUCGCAAAAACACAACUUUGUUCAAAGGCAGUUGAAUAAUCAUCUGGGGAUCCUUUUUGAAUAACAAAUUAACUUUGUACAGAUGUUUAGGGUUUUUGAUUUGUUUUUUGUAAGAACCGUCACCAACCGUAGCAUCGACAUCUAAAUAUUUUUUCUACCUGUUUAGCCAAUUCCACAGGGGCGGGAAAACCGCUGUUCCACUUGAUGUGUUCUAACGUUGUGCUUGACAAGAGUGUUGGAGUUGUGUUGAUGUAGUCAUGACGAUGUAGUCAUGACAAUGAGGAGAAGAAAAGGAGAGCAGGAGGGCAAAAAAAAGUAAUGGCUAGUCUGAAAAUAGCCGUAACAGGUGAGGAGGCAGGUGAGGGGGGGAGGGGGGGUGGGGGGGUAGCGGGGUCAAAGAGCAGAAUGGGUGAACCGCUGCUUCAAAGCAACCGGUGAGGGUGAAGGAGCAGAGCAAUGCUACACCAUCACUCCUUCGGCUCUGCCGGGAAAGGGCUAAAACAGGAACAGCUAACAGGUCUGCAUGAGUGCCAUGACCACAGUGUGACCCUGGCACGACCCCACAAAUGAAAAUACUUCAGUUAGUUUUUAGUCCACCUGGUUUCUGAUGGAGAUUAUGUUGAGCACAUCGUGGCAGUACCAGAGGUAUCCCCAUUCCUUAGGCAAUGGAAGGAAAUCAUUUGAAUGUGUACACCCGAUAUCUACUAGUGAUGGAACUAUUGACUAUACAUAUAUAUAUGAUACGAAUACGAGGACUAUACAGAUACAUAAAAGAAGACAAAUACAACUGUCAGAAAGACGAAUGAAGACUGUUGUACUUGAUGAUGUGGGCCGUAGUGUAGAGGGAGAGAGAGACAGUGUCGGAGAGGGACAGCUGAUAUACUGAAUAAAUAGUUGUUUAAUCUACAAGCAGAUAGUCUAAUCAAUGGGCAGCAACAGAAGAACGGCAGCCAUCGAGGGCCAACUGUCAUGUUUCACUCUGUGCACUGUUUCCUGCCUGUUUUACCAAGUUUUUAAUGAAAGCACGACAUACAAGAGAUGGUGAUUAAUACUUUGACUGGAGGCAGUUAUUUAUAAAUCCACUGGAGGUGGAACUCAGGUGAAGAGUAGCACACACUGAAAUCAUUUUUACACAAAUGCAGGAGAACACACACGCACGCGCACACCCACACAUACACACACUCACUUCACAAGACCACCGCAACGAAGCGCAGUAUGCUCCCACAUUUUGAUUUCAUUAACCUUUGGAAGCAGAUAGAUGAAGGAGAGAGAGGGUGGGAUGGGGGGGAGGGUCUCUUGCCCUCCUGUUUUAUCAUUUCGUCCUGCUUCGUCCUCUCCUUAGCUCUCUGUUCGCAUUGAUUUAGAAAGGAGAGCUGGCAUCGCCAAAUGGCAGUUGACUUUCCCCCCUUAUUUGAGAUAUGCAAUAUGGGUACGGUAGACUCACGGUGAGGUAGGCAAUGUGGCUACGGAAGAGUAUAUUUAUAAAGAUGUAUGUGAUUUUAAAUUCAUCCCCUGGAGCUCUGAGGUCAUUUCGAAUGGUGAUGUGGUGGAACGUCAUGUGACUCGAGGUAGUGGAAUGUGUUAACCCUUCUUUCCCCCUCUUGCCGCCUUUUGAUUUCCUCUUCAAUGCAUGUGUUUUCUCUCCUUGUUUGUUUUGUAAAUGUCAUUCUAGUACCAUGCUAAUAAAGCUAGCUAGCUUUUCACGAGCGACCCGCUCCUCCUCUC